CUCUCUGUAAUUCUGGUUUUUUUUUUUUUUUUGCAAUGCUUCUUCCGUUUCUGUCCUCCUCUCUCCUUCUCCGUCUCUCUUCUCCGAUCAUGUCCCCUGAUCCCACCAAAACCUUCUUCAUCUCUCUUUCCUAUUGAUUAUUAGACGGAGAAUCACAGAUCGAUCCCCGAUUCCAUUAAUUACAGAAGAAAUUUAAACCCUAGAGAGAUAUUUAUGGAGAGUUCAUUAGGUUUCAUGGCGGUUUUCGCCGUCUCGGGAAGCGUUGUGUUCUUAGCGAGUCAAUUUCAUAAGCGUCUUCUCUCCGAUUACAUGGACAAGUUCGAUUUCGAAAUCCGAGCGCAGAAAAAAAUGGUGAUGAAGAAAAAGGUGAGAUUCGCGGCGGAUGUGGUGGAGCCGUCGGGAAAUAACAAAGAGUAUCGCCGGCGACACUCUUCCAAGGCUAAAUCCAAUUCCAAGAUGGCGGCAACUAUUUGAUUUUAAGGUUUUUUUGUACAAAAUUAAUAUGUAAUUAUUCA